GGCAACUCUUAAGUAAAGAGUGUUUUUGAUAGAGACGUAUAAAAAUUGACUAUUACGGUAAAAGAAGCAGAAUUAUUUGUUUAAAUAAAGACCAUUAUGCAAAACGAUUUGCUAAUUGUCUUUCAGAGAUUGAAGUAACAAAAUAAUAAAGUAUACAAUUUUACGUACAGAACUACAAAGGUCAGAAACAACGUAAAAUUCUUCUAAUGAAUAUCGUAAGAAGACCAACGCAACGGGCAAAUCAUCACAUCAAACAGCAGCAGCACCAGAUAGCAGAAGAACAAUUCGCAAAAAGGAAGAACAAAAACAACAUCAUUAUUAUCGUCGGUUCGUCGGUUGUCAACGUUAGAAGAGUAAUCGUCAUCCUGUUGUGUUUGCCAGAAGUGCCAGAGGUAUGGUUGGUUGUUUAUGGUGUUGCGAAGUUUUAUUUUGAAAUAAAAAGGAGCAGCAUAAGCGGCGGCAGUGGCGGCGACAGACAAACACAGGAACGAGAAGACGCAAAAAGCACGCAUAAAAUACUUCAAAGGUGGAGUAGCAGACAUUUUGUGAACAGAUUUUCGCGUUUUGGAAUUUAGGUGUUUAUAAAUAAAAAUAAACACCACAAGACAGACAGGCGGGCAGGCUGGGUGAAGAAACAACAGUCGUAUCGGCGACGUUGAUCAAGCAAAAAACAAAUUAUAAACAACACACAAAGACACAAACAUACGAACGAUGUGUUCUUAUCAACGCUUGCGGUUAUCAAUGCUAGUUUUAGCUUUCCUUACAACUACAAUGUGUGCUUUCGCCAGUGAAGUGGAGAUUUCGAUUUCGGAAAAUAGAAAUGCUGCGGCCGAUUUGAAACAUGAUGGCCAUCACUUGGAGACACAACAAUCGGCAACGGCCACACUCAAAGAUAUAACAGAUGCCGGUGGUGGUGGCGGUGGAGGUAGUGGUGUGGGCAACGGAGUAGCUGGAGUUGUUGCAGACGGCGGCGAUAUAGGUUUAGAACUAUUAAAUCGUUUACGUUUCGAGCCAAGCCAAUUGGAUUUUGGUAUAUGGUCGGUGGGAACCGUACAAUCUCACACUGUGACCCUGGUCAAUCAAAAUCGUAACCGCAGUGUUUAUCUUAGUUCGGUUACGGGACGGACACCAUCGUUCUACAGUAGCCUUUUUGAAGCCAAGACAGUCCCACCGAAUGGCAAUACAACAUUCGAUGUGGUCUUUUUGCCCCGGGAAAAUGGUGCUGUCAGCACAAAUUUACACAUACACACAUCAUUUGGCCAGCUACUGUUAAUGGUGCGGGGCGAAGGACGUGAAUGUCCGUAUAGAUUGAAGCCAUUGGUUGGCAUUAAGGCGCCAUUAAAUGCCACCCUUAUGCCCAUGAUACACAUGUAUAAUCCACACGAGAGAUCAUUGCAGAUAUUGGAGAUCUACAGCAGUGGCGGUCAAUUUCAACUAGAAUUACCAAGCGGAGAUCCAGAAGGACCACAAGGACUGUGGGAAAUACCACCGUACAGUAUGAAACCCAUUAUACGUAUACGUUUUCAGGGCUAUACGGCCGGUAAUCACUCGGCCUAUAUACGUAUAAAAAUAGCCGAACCCCAACAGCAAGGAGAAGGAGAAGAAGAGAGGGGACAUGAAGGUGAAAGUGAGGCAACAUCGACAGACUCAUCGUCUGCCUCAAUGCCUCACACAAAAGAACAAGUCUUGGUAAUACCAGUUGAAUUUGAAAUAUUACCCGAAUAUGGAUUGUAUGCAGUUAAUCCUCUCAUUGAUUUCGGUUAUGUAACCAUUGCCGAAACCACAAAGAAAAAAAUCCUCAAACAAAAACUUUUUCUAAGGCAUUCCAAAAAUCAAUUGGAUAUACAAAAUUUGGAAUUUGAAUCUCUGACGCCGUUAAAGGGGGUCACAAUGGACACGAGUAUGGCAAGUAAUGAUGAUGGUGACGAUGCCGAUGAUGACGGGACAAGUAAUAUAGAUAUCUCAACAAUUGCCUUAGAUCCAAAGGAAGUUUCAGAGCCAGUCACAUAUUUAAAUGAAAAUUUAAAACUGAUACUUAAGCAUAGAACAACAAAAACAGCGGUGCAUACAUAUCACAAUGUGGAGCUUAUAGUACGUGCUCGUAUUUUCAAAGGCUCAUUGCACUAUGAUAAAAAUUCAACCUUGAUAUUGGAUCAAGAAUUAACCCUACCUCGGCCAGCAAAGGCCAAUGACAGUACUGUGGUGCCGGCAUCAUCCUUAGAUGUAAAUGGAAAUCUGGAAAAGCCAAGGCACAUAACGCUGCGCAAUGAUUUUCAAAUUCCAAUACAAAUCUACAAUAUAACAACCAGGUUCAAUGAUAGCUCUAAGCUAAAUUUAUACCUGGAACCCCUGAAAAAUUUGCAAGAAAAUAAUCUGGUACUACAGCCAGGUCAUACAUUGGACUUAACUGUGGCAUUUAGAUUGGCCACCCGCACAGGCGAACAAAAAGAACAACAGGAAGAUCUCAAAGAUCUGAUAAGAAAUUAUAAGACUGCCGUUUAUGUUUACACGAAUAUAACAAAUUUCCAAAUACCCUUUGUUGUAAGUUCUACACGUUUGUUUGUGACCACCCAAACGCUGUCGUUAUGGCGCUCAAAUAGCUCAGUUUAUACCAAAGAAAUACAAUUAAGUUCCGUACCCUUUCGUGAGUUCUCCCACAAGGGUUUUAUUAUUUUGCAAAAUCGCAAUUCGAUACCCAUCAAGUUGAACAAUUGGGAUUUCCAGAAGACAUCGGGUAUCUACUAUGUGGUGAAAUUUGCCGGUUCCGUCCGGGCAAUGGAUAUAAAUGCCAGCAAUGAUUAUACAGUUGAUUUGGAGAAAUGUGAUUACCGGCUGAAUUCCAUAUUGCAGGAGGGAGAUAUUGCCGUUUUUGAGGUUAAUUUGUUGCCAUAUACAGAGUUAAGUACAGCCUAUUUGAACAUAGCCACGACCUAUGAAAAUAUAACCAUAGCCAUUAAGUUCAAUAUUGUUUUUGGCAAACUGGAGGUGGAUCAGGAGAAAUUACAUUUUGCCAAUUGUUUUCCGGGUAAAAUAUGUUCUUCAGAGCUGAGUAUACGAUCCACUUUCAAUCAGCCUAUACACAUGAAAUAUAUAAAUUUUAGUGAUCCAGGUUUGCGGUUUGUUGAUCGAAAUUCCCAAGGUUCUAUGAUUGCCGCCAAUUCCGUAACAACUGUGGGUCGCAUUUACUUUGAACCCUCCGCCUUGUGUGGCAGCCGCUGUUACAUACCCCAGCAAACGGAUGAGGCCACCACCUUUCCCAUCAGUUCACAAGUUGAUAAAAUUCUCAAUAUGCCACAUUUCGAUGAGGUUGAACUGAGAAGACGUACCGAAUUGUAUCGUCACUUUAAAUCCUAUUUUCAAAGUUUGGACUUCACAAUGACGACAAGAGAACAACAGGAUUUCCAGUUAAAUCUUAUGAUUGAAAUACAAUGGCCGCAAUUGAUACCGACGCGGCAAGUCAUACCAACAGUGGAGGUGAAUAAAACCCAAGUAUUUGAGGUGAAAAUUUCAAAUCCCUCCGAUAGGCCCAUACUCAUUGAUUAUUCUCUCGCCGAUCCGAAAUUGGCGAAACAAACACAAAUCACCUUGCCACUGGAGGUGAUUAUUCUAACACCCACGUGCUAUUUGACCGAUAAGGCGGUCUUCUCUUUGGUCAAUCCACCACCCAAGAAACCAAUAUUGAUACCAGGUUUAACAUCCAUACGAGUGCCUAUUACAUUUCGAGCUUCAUCUAUGGGUAAUUAUUGUACCCUCCUGCAUAUACGCAACAAUUUGACAUUGUAUGAAGGUACCUGGAUUAGUGCCAAGGCGGUACAAUCACAAUUUCGUCUGGGGAAUCGAAAACCGGGUUCGCCCACACCAUUGUUGUUUGAAAUUUCGGAGCAGCAAUUGAGGGCAGCAUGUCCUCCCAGGGAGGAUAAACAAGCGGCGAUCGCACAUCCUCAGAUAACAACACGACGUGUUUUCACAGCCCGCAAUUCCGGAGAACUGCCCAUAUGGAUUGAGAGUUUCUGGAUUGGUGAUCAACCCUGCAAGGGCUACGGGUUCCAAAUAAUGGAUUGUAAAAGUUUCGAACUGAAGGCAAAUUCUUCGAAAACAAUUGAAAUUCAAUUUCAAACCGAUUUCACUGCGACACGUAUCACAAAAGUUCUUACGUUGAAAACAAAUCUAACCUAUGCCGUAAAUUAUAAGUUGGUGGCCCAAUUGCCCUCCAAAGGAUUGGAUCAGUGCAGCGCUCUGUUGCCCCGGCCUCCGUGGGAAGGCAAGAUACGUAAUGCCACCAUUAUUAUGCUUAUAAUAACAUUUGUCCUGGUACUCAUUGCCGUUCACAUAGACUAUGGCAAUAUAAUGUAUACCCAAUCAACGCUGUAUGGGGCCCGGGAAAAAGGCACCAUUCAUCCAACUUUUAAUUUAAGAAACAUCGCCAUGCGUCAGAAUAAUAAUGAAAAUACCGCGGCGAAUGUGGAGCUGACGCUGAAAAACAAAAGUGGUUUGAAGAAGCGCAACAUUGGUGGCAAACAACAGAGAAUGACGACCAAUGGUGAGGUGGCGAUAACAUCAUCUUCGACUAGUUCUUCAUUCUCAGCUCUACCCAAUAUGACACUGGCCGAAAUGGUUAGUUGGACUUUUGGUACAAAGACAGGCAAAAAGACAAACAAAAUGAAUAGACCAAGAGAUGCGGCGAGUGCAACACCCACAGCCAAUUCCAGUAACACGAUGAGUGAUGCGAAAACCUGUAAAAAUAAAUUGACGGAAAAAUCCUUGGUGGAAAAAAUGGAUGAAGAUUUGAAGAAGGCACAAAUUUCAAAGAAAGCACCCAAGGCAACUGAAAAAACACCCUCCAAACCAAGUGAAGAAGAAGUCAAAACUUCCAAAGAGGAGCCAGUGGUGAGUAAAGAAAUGAAAAAGGAAAAGCCAGUCAUAAACAAGAGUCCAACGAACAAAACCAUAUCUAGUCCGGAUCAUCAGAUCAGUGCCGCCGCUAUGCCAUCCAAAGAACAAAGAAAGUCAUUGGAUAGCUCAAUACCCACACACGUGGAGCCAAUAACCACACGGCAAGUGAGAACUCCUCCGCCAGUUAUUCAAUCGACCACAUCGCCGGUUUCAACUGCAACAGUGCCUGUAAACAAAGUUAACGCCAUGCCCAUGACGGAGAUAACAAAUCAACAAACCCCCAUGCCAAAGGAGGCCAGCAAUGGUCGUAAGCUGGGUAAAACUCCGGGUCGUGAAAGGCGAAAACAAACAACACAAAAUACCUCACCCACAACCUCAUCUUGUUCAUCGGCCUCCACGUCGUCUUCGUCCUCCAGUUCAUUACCUCAGCAUCCACAACACAAUACAGCCAAACGUUUCGAACGCAAACCCCAAAAAAGUCGAGCCAUGAAUUCUCUUAAAUUUCCCGGACACUCCAUGGGCCAUGCAAAUUCGAUUUAUUCCCAGAUGGCGGCAGCGGCCAAUGACCACAAUGAUCAAACAUUUCAUCAGGAUGUUUUAUCGCCCUGGGACUACAGCAGUCACAUUACAUUUAGUGAUGUUUUGCAACAGACCCAACAAUUUGCCAAUGCCCAGGCCACGGCCAACUCCAAUUCCAAUUCGACAGCAACAACAUUGCUCAAUACCGAUCUAAUGUACGAUGCCAUGUCUCAACCCUCAACGGCAUCCUCUACACCACCGCCACCAUUUGCAAGAGCCGAAAAUUCCGAUGUACCUUCUAGCAAGGCUGAUUUGGGUCCCAUUGGUUCCAGAAAAUCCCCCUCCUCGACUCCUGCCUGGGAGACAAUGAACAGUGCCAUAAGCUUGCAAUUACCGAGGCCAUUGAAUACAACCAUAACAACUACUUCAGCAAUAACUUCCCCUGCUCCUCCUCCUCCUCUUCCUCCACAUCCGUCUACUCUGGCCUAUGAUUUGCAAGGCCAACCCAAUUAUGGUUUAAAUAAUUUAUUAACAGCUCGUCAGACCAUCCAGCAAAUUGCGGCAGCCAAUGCGGCCCAGAAACAGCAGCAGCAACAGCAACAUGAUUUUGAUAUUGCGGCCAAAUUGAGGGCAAUAAAGGCCCAUGAAAUCCUUAGACUACAACAGUUGGAGGAGCAAUUGUUACAACAACAACAGCAGCAGCAACAACAGCAAUUUCUGAAUUACAAUCAAAUGUUAAACAACAACUGGACGACAACGGCUGUAACUCCAAAUCCAGGCUGGACAGCAUUUUUGGGAAAUGGUGUUGGAAAUUUACCCACAUCUCAUCACUCAAAUGGGGAUAUCUUUGGGCCCGCCACAUCCUCUUCGCAAUGGAUUGCACCAGUGCCCAGCAGCAUGGAACAACAUUAUGCCCCGAACCAACAGUUUCCAAUAAAUAUGGAAGCCAACAACACCAUACCCCAUACAAUUGCUGUCACCUCUUCAUCAGCUGCUACCGCUGUUUCAACUUCUGCUUCAAAUAACAACUUAAAUGCCACCACCAACAACAACAACGCAAGUGGCUUAAAUGUUUCUGACAAUAUGCCCAUGUUUAAUUUGUUCGGUGGUUUAAGUUCCAUCUGGAAUGACAAUUGGAACAAUCAACAAGCCAACAACAACAACAACGGCAACACCAGCAAAAACCUUCUGAAUAAAUCGACAACAACAAAAGCUAAUGGCACAAACAAUAGACAAUAGUCAUCAGCUAAGCUAUAUCCGCUAGCAAUGUUUGCCACACGCACACAACUUUUAAAGCCCAAUAACAUUCAGCCUUCAAUCAAUCUUGAGAAUAAAACCUUGCUUAAUGGCGGCAAGACGUUUUUUUCACAAUCACAAUAUUCAACUACGGAUGCAGCAGCGACAGCCCAUGUUUUAAAAUCCUUAACUUCUCAUGAAUACUUGACAUUUUCCAAAAUUUGUUUAUUAUUUUCUUUUUUUUUCAAAUAACCAAAAUCUUUUUUGUUAAUUAAUUUUAAAGUUAUUAAUUUUUUUUUUUCGUAGAGUUUUACAUACAUACUGUAAAAUCCUUGGGAUUUUCUAAAAACAAAAAGGAUUAAUAUUGUUUUGUGUUUUGUUUUUUUCUUUUUUAGAAAUCCUCCUUCUCCCUCCCAAAUAAAACGAAGAAGAAGAAAUACCAAAAAACUUAAGCCAACAAAUAACAAUUUAUAAAUAAAAAAAGGAUAUACUUUAAGUAAUUUAACAAACGUUUAACCAAAACUCCCUUUCCACAAUUCUCAAUUUACACUGUAUUACACACCGAACUAAUUUAACGUUUUUUUUUAAUUUUAUUCAUAACAGCCCACCACCCCCGAUGGUGGUGUCCAGAACAAAUGAUGAUGAUAAUAAUAAACAAAAGAAAUACUCAAAUGAAUAAUUUCAAAAAAACAAAUUGGAACAAAAAAUUCAUAGAUUUGUUUUUCAUUUUAAUGAUCUGUAAAAAAUCGAAAUUUUUAUUAUUUUUUUCUUUGAGGCCAGAAAAAUGCCAUUGUUUUCUUUAUUUUUUUUUAAAUACUUGUUUAAAUAUUUUGGAAAUUGAAAUUGUUAUUUUUUUUUUAAUUUUUAUUUCAACAUUUAAAAAAAAUGUUACAAAAAACCUAAGCCAACAAAAAAAAAUUCAAAAUUGUUUUCAAAAGUUUGUUCUUUAUUAUUGUUUGUUUUUCCUCUUUGUUUUACCAUUUUAUUCUAACUAUUUUCCAGCUGAAAUAUUUACAAAAAAAAAUAUUUUUUUUCAACCAGAGGAUGAAAAUCUAUUUAAAUAUGAAUAAAAAAAGAAACCAAGCAAAGAUGCAUUCAAAAACCUCUAAAAGGUUAACAGAAGAUAUCCGUGGAAUUUUACUUUGUUUUUUGAUCAAGUUUUGGGGGG